AGUAAAUUAAAUACCAAUAAAAAAUUGAAUUUAAUGGGUUGUUCAGGAUCUAAACAAACAAGAAAAACUUCCAAAUAGAAUCGUCCCAGUUUAUUAGAUAAUUUAAAUGAUAUACCAAAACAAAAACUAUUAACAUUAGAAUCAAAACCAGAAGAAAGAAAAAGCAAAUAAUUAAAAUCUUUAGAUAAAAACAAAGUAGCAGAACUUUUUUAAGGAGAUCAUCAAUAAAUCUUUAGGAACAAGAAAUUUUAAAAUGAUUAUUUUAUUAUUGAAGAAAAAGUAUAAAUCUGUGGUUUUAAUGGAAAAACAUUUGUAGUAGAAAAUAAAAUAACAGGGAUGAAGAGAAUAGCUAAAAUAACUAGAAAUGCUCUUUCAAAUGUUUAAAUCAAUGAAUAUGUUGAUUACUUAUAAUCAAUUAAAAAAAUAGUAAGUUUCAUUAAAAUGUAUAGGAUCAUCCAAACAUAAUAAAAUUAUUUGAUUUUUAUCAUGAUGACAAACACAUUUACUUGGUUGAAGAAUACUAUGAUGGUGGAGAUUUAUACCAAAGAUUAAAUUAAGAAAUUCAUAGUUCUGAGAAAAUUCAUAUUGCCUAUGUUUUCAAAUAAGUUUUGUCAGCAAUUUAUUAUUUACAUUCAUAGGAAAUUCUUCAUAAAAAUAUUUCCCCAAAUAUAAUUGUUGUAGCAUAAAACUCUAAUUUAUUAAUUAAAUUGACUGGACUUGAUGAUUUAAAUGGUAUCUUUCAAGAUUCUAAUAAGGAUAUCAAUUAUAGAGCUCCUGAAAGUUUUGCAGAAAAAUAUAAAUGGAAUAAAGCAGCAGAUAUAUGGUCAGCUGGAGUAAUUUUAUUUGAAUUGAUGUAUGGAUCUCAUCCUUUUAAGGAUUAAAAUCGAUAAAUGACAAUUUAAAAUAUAAAAAGAAAUAAUAUCAAUUAAGAUAUUGAUUUGAAUUCAAUAAAUGAUGAUGCAUUUAAAUUAAUUAGCGAAAUGAUUAAUCCUGAUCCUAAUUAGAGACCUGAUGCUAAAGAAUGUUUAAAAUUUAAAUAUUUUAAAACUAUAAGAAAAUCAUCUAUGAAAAUUACAAGUGCUUUAUUAAGAAUUAAAGAAUUUUAGAAAAAAAAUGAAUUAAGACUAGUAUUAUUAAGUUUAAUGAUUGAAUAUUUGAUGUCUAAAGAAGAACGUGAUAAAAUUGCUUAAACUUUUUAUAAAAUUGAUCUCAAUAAUGAUGGAAAAAUAUCUAAAGCUGAAUUAUAUUAGUAAUACUUAGAAAUAUCAGGGAAUGAAAAUUAAGCAAGAGAAGAAGUAGAAAAAAUCUUUUCAUAAUUAGAUAUCAAUUAAAAUAAAUAUAUAGAAUUCAAUGAAUUUUUAAUUGCAUCAUGUAAUAAAACAGCUCUUUUCAAUGAAGAAAACUUAAAGAAAUUUUUUAAUAAAUUAGAUAGAGAUCAUAGUAAAUAAAUAUCUGCCAAUGAACUUAAGGUCUUUUUCUAUAAUACAAAUUUAUCUCAAUCAGAUUGGUAAUAGGUUAUUCAUUUAGGAGAAAAAAAAGAAGAAAUGAAUAAUAAGAUUUCUUAUUAAGAGUUUGUUUCUUUGUUAACUGAAAAUGAAUGA